AUGCUUUUUCGUUAUACCAGUCCCGUGUCCAGACUUACUAGGACCGCGUCAAGUGCCAAAAAUUGCAGCACUCUGCCCCACCAUCUCUUUACUACUAGCAACAACACCCGCCACAUUUCAUCUUCUCGCCCAAAGACUACAACAACAGCUACUACGACUGACAGUAGUAAAUCGCAAUUGCCAAUACUUCCCUUUGUUGCUAUUUUCGUGAUUGGAACCGGUUCAUACGUUUUCCUGGUUAAAUCUCGUGCUUCUACGCCGCGCAAAUAA